GCAGAGUGAACAGGACUUUUAUUUUGGUCUGGCGAUAUGACAUCAUAAAGCUGCGCCGCGCUCCUGCGACUGUUAUGAUUCGGUUGAAGAAAGGAAAACUCCUGGUUCAUCUGAGAUCUCGUGACACACUAUUAUAAAGAUGGCGUUUAUUAAAGAGGAGAGUGAAGAAAUAAAGAUUGAAGAAGUGUUCAGUGUGAAACAUGAAGAAACUGAAGAACAAACAGAUCUGAAGGCACUGAAAGAAGAGAGUCAAGAAUUGAAUGAAACUGAAGAAAAAGACCAGAAUGAUUUCAAAACUGAAGAAAAACCUUUCAUUAGCUCACAGACUGAAAAGACUUUAUCAAGAAAAAAAGCUCAAAAGACUAAAGGUCAUUUCACAUGCCAACAUUGUGGAAAGACUUUCAAUCAAAAUAGAAACCUUAAAGUCCAUGUGAGAAUUCACACUGGAGAAAAGCCAUUCACCUGCCAACAGUGUGGAAAGAGUUUCACUCAAAAACCAAGUCUUAAAGCCCACAUGAGAGUCCACACUGGAGAGAACCUGUUCAUCUGCCAACAAUGUGGAAAAAGGUUCAAUCGAAAAGGAAACCUGACAGUCCACUUGAGAAUUCAUACUGGAGCGAGUCCAUUUAUCUGCCAACAGUGUGGAAGAAGUUUUACUCAAAAAGGAAGCCUUAAACUCCACAUGAGAAUUCACACUGGAGAAAACCCUUUCACCUGCCAACAAUGUGGGAAAGGUUUCAUUCGAAAAGCAAACCUUAAAAGCCACAUGAGAAUUCACACUGGAGAGAAGCCUUUUACAUGCCCUCAAUGUGGAAAGAGUUUUAAACAUAAAGCAACCCUUAAUGCUCACAUGAGGAUUCACACUGGAGAGAAGCCGUUCGUAUGUGAUCAGUGUGGAAAGAGUUUCAGAUUUAAUGUAACUCUUAAUCACCACAUGAGGAUUCACUCAAGAGAGAACUGUUUUAUAUGUCAUCAGUGUGGAAGGAGUUUCACAGACAGGAAACAUCUUAAAAAUCAUGUAAAAAUUCACUUUGGAGAGAAGCCUCACAUGUGCGUUCACUGUGGAAAGACUUGCAAAAACAAAGCAAACCUUGAGGUUCACAUGAGAGUUCACACUGGAGAGAAGCCUUUCACCUGCCCUCAGUGUGGGAAGAGUUUCGCUCUCAAAGGAAACCUUAUUGUUCACAUUAGGCUUCACACUGGAGAGAAGCCUUACAAGUGUCUUCAGUGUGAAAAGAGUUUCACAUAUCAUAGAGACCUGAAAUGUCAUUCGCAAACUCAUUCUGGAAAGAAAUUACGAGGUUCUGAGUGUGGAAAGAAGCUUAUGAAUGAGAGAAAUUUCAAACCCUCUAUAAGGCGGCGAUUUAAUUGUGAUAGGUGUAAUAAAAAGUUUCUUUUGUCAUCACACUUACAGAUACACAUGAAAAUUCACACAAAUGUCAACCCGUAUUUUUGUUGUUUUUGUAGAAAGAGUUUUAAAUGGCUUAGCAGUUUAAAAUGGCACCAAAAAAUCUGUGUGAAAUCAAAGCUACAUUCAUACAACAGGUGAAUGUGGAUCCAAUUUGAUUUUGCCUUUUUUUUUUUUUUUUGGCUAAGGUUUACCUUUUUAAAUGUGUGUAACGCCAUGCCAGCAGAGGGAGCCCUCUCCCAAGUACUGACUGUGUGCCGCUCCCUCUGCUUCACUGUUCACAUCCUGUUUGUCAGACAUUUAAGCAUGGCUAGGCCAUCACUUCACUGCGAAGUAUUGCCAGUUUACCUGCCAUACCGAGCGUUCCUUUCAUUGAUUGUUUGCCAUUCUGUUACGACCAUUGCCUGUUUGUUCUGUUUCUGCCUUUUGGAUUGCCCUUCUGUUUUGUUGUUUGGAUUGGACUGCCUUAUUGUGUUUGAACCUCUGCCUGCCUCACGUUUAUGUCUCUGCCUGUCGAUUCGGCUUUGUUUGCUGUGGAUUGCAAUAAAACACUCCACAUGGAUUCUAACGCCGCCUCAGCGUCCUUACAUAAUACUUCGCCACUGAUGAAUCCAGCAGAUGUUUCCAAUCUACAGGCCGCAUUCGCUUAUCAAGGCGAUGUGCUCAAGGAGUUUAGAGACCAACUAGCUAAAGCUCAAGCGGCUAACGACUACCUCAACAUCUACGAUCACUACCACCGCCUAUGCUCAGGAAGGUAAGCUUUGCUUUACCGGAUAAAUUCAAUGGCUCAGCGGAUCAGUGUAAAGGUUUUCUCCGGCAAGUCGACAUCUACUUCAUGCAUCAAGGAUGUGACUUUGAUUCGGAUGAAAAGAAAUAUGCAUUUCUCAUGUCCUUACUAACUGGUAAAGCGAUUGAGUGGGCCGCGGCAGUCUGGGAAUCUGAUCUGUAUAUCUUAUACGUAUUUUGUGAAACAACUCAGAGAUGUGUUAGAGUAUCCAGCAGGUGGCAAGGAUGUUUCUACUCGUCUCAUUCAGCUAACCCAGGGCCGCAGAACAGCCGCAGAUUACGCCAUCGAAUUCAGAACGCUCGCUGCACAAAGUGGCUGGAAUGACGUUUCUCUCAAGGUCAUGUUCCAACGCAGUCUGAAUAUUCAACUACAGACUGAGCUGGCGUGUAAGGGUGAGGAUCUCUCUUUCUCUGACUAUGUUACAUUGGCGAUCAAGAUUGACAAUCUCAUGCGUAGCAACCAUGCACACGUCAAGCCAUUGUAUCUGGGAAACAUGCCCACCCAGCCAGUUUCCAGCCCUGUCCAAUCCAACGAUCACGCCAACCCUGAACCCAUGCAACUAGGGGUCACCAGACUAUCGGGUGAGGAGAGAUCACGAUGGCUCAUCAAUAAUCUGUGCUUCUACUGUGGGGAAGCAGGUCAUCGCAACUCAUCGCAACUCAUCGUGCCCGUUCAAAGCCUGGAGGAGCACUAUUGAAUACAACCGGCUGAGUGUUGAUAACCUCUUGCUCCCUAACACCAAAUCACUCACUAUAACAGUACAGAUCUCUACUGAUAGUGACUCCUUUGAAUUUACAGCGCUGAUUGACUCUGGUUCAGCUCUCAAUCUGAUUCAUCAAGACCUCAUCACAACAUUCAACAUUCCCACGCAAUCCUGCAAUCCUCCACUCAAGGUCAAUGCCGUCAACAAUAGGCCCAUCGGAAAAGGUAUCCCUCAGCAAACUCUGCCCAUACAGCUCCAAGUCGGACUGUUCCAUCAGGAAAAGAUCACGUUCUACGUCAUUGAUUCUCCACGUCAUGAAAUCAUCCUUGGAUACCCCUGGUUAUCUGUUCACGACCCAGUCAUCUCCUGGCUCCAUGGUGAGAUCACGCAAUGGUCACCGUUUUGUUUCUCUCACUGUCUAACCCACAGCAUCCUGAAACCAUGUUUAACCACUAGCAUUGAAAGUCCUGAGUGUAAACCCGUAGCCAUCCCGUCAUGCUACCAGGACCUUCAUGAGGUCUUCAGUAAGGCCAAGGCAACACUGCUACCACCUCAUCGUCCUUGGGAUUGUGCGAUCGACCUCCUGCCCAACGCCAUGCCACCUAAGAGUAAGAUUUAUCCCCUGUCACGUCCUGAGAGUCAAGCCAUGGAGGAGUACAUCGAAGAGGCCCUUAGUUCUGGUUUCUUUCGCCCAUCUACCUCUCCAGCAGCUGCAGGUUUCUUCUUCGUAGAAAAGAAAGAUGGAGGACUUCGGCCAUGCAUUGAUUAAAGAGGUUUGAACCAAGUUACAGUUAAGUUCUGUUACCCACUACCAUUAGUUCCUGCAGCACUCGAACAGCUACGUGAAGCCAGGAUUUACACCAAGCUAGAUCUCAGAAGUGCAUAUAACCUCAUCAGGAUUAAAGAGGGUGACGAGUGGAAAACUGCCUUCCUGACCACUAGGGGGCACUAUAAAUACUGGGUUAUGCCAUAUGGCCUGUCCAAUGCACCUGCCGUCUUCCAAUCCUUCAUCAAUGAGAUUUUCAAAGACAUCAUGAACAAGUACGUAGUCGCUUACAUUGACGACAUCCUGGUAUACUCCAAGUCUGAAGAGGAGCACAAGAGUCACGUCAGGACCGUACUCACCAGGCUACUGAAACACCAACUCUAUGUCAAGGCUUAGAAAUGUGAAUUUCAUGUUCAGCGAACUUCAUUCUUAGGGUACAACGUCAGUUAUCAAGGUGUGGAAAUGGAUAACUCAAAGAUUACGGCGGUAACCGAAUGGCCUCAACCCAACACAGUUAAAGAACUUCAGCGGUUCCUGGGCUUCGCCAACUUCUACCGAAGAUUCAUCCGUAACUACAGCAUGACAGCCGCACCAUUGACAUCCCUGCUAAAAGGCAAACCAUCGCAAUUGAAAUUGACUGACCAAGCCACUCAAGCCUUCACCAACCUUAAGAACAGCUUCACAACCGCACCCAUCCUGAAACACCCAGACCCAAACCUCCCGUUUAUUGUGGAAGUGGACGCUUCAGACUGAGGCAUAGGAGCAGUCCUAUCUCAGCGCCAUGGACAACCAGGCAAGCUGUUCCCAUGUGCUUACUUCUCCAGGAAGCUCACGGAUGCAGAGCGCAACUACGAUUUCGGGAACAAGGAACUCCUAGCCAUGAAAGCAGCUAUAGAGGAAUGGAGACAUUGGCUGGAAGGAUCCAUUCACCCCUUCCAGAUCAUUACAGAUCAUUAGAACCUUGAGUACAUCAAGAGCGCAAAGAGACUCAAUCCACGCCAAGCACAAUGGUCAUUGUUCUUCACAAGAUUCCAAUUCACGGUCACUUAUCGCCCAGGCAGCAAGAACAGCAAAGCUGAUGCACUAUCCAGGAGACACGAUCACCCACAAACUGAGUUUCAACCAGAGUCCAUCCUGCCAUCAUCCAUCAUGAUUGCUCCGGUCACAUGGGAUUUAAUGGAAGAGAUUCAACGAGAACAACAAAAUGAACCUACACCACCAGGUUGUCCACCCAGUAAGCACUAUGUUCCUGCAAUCCUCCGAGUCCAAGUCUUGCAGUGGGUCCACACCUCGCUCUGCUCUGGCCAUCCCGGUAUUUCUCGAACUCUUCAUCUGACGCAAAACUCGUUUUGGUGGCCAUGCAUGGUCAAGGACGUGGCCAAUUAUGUCAAGUCUUGCUCUGUCUGCGCUCAGUCUAAAACACUCAAGGAACUACCAUCUGGGUUGUUACAGCCCCUGCCUAUCCCUCAAAGGCCUUGGUCGCACCUCUCGAUUGACUUCGUCACUGACCUUCCUCUAUCGAAUGUUCACAACCAUCCUUGUCAUUAUUGAUCGGUUCUCCAAAGCCUGCCAACUAAUCCCUCUGAAAGGUCUUCCCACAGCCAUGGAAACCACCCAAGCUAUGUUUCAUCAUGUCUUCCGAACAUAUGGUAUACCUGAAGACAUCGUGUCUGACAGAGGAACCCAAUUCACGUCUCAAGUAUGGAAGGCUUUCUGCAAACAACUGGACAUUAACGUGAGUCUGACUUCAGGCUAUCAUCCACAAUCGAACGGUCAGGUCGAGAGGUUGAAUCAGGAGAUUGGCAGGUAUCUCAGGUCAUACUGUGGUCGUGAACAGCAUCACUGGUCCGAGUUUCUACCAUGGGUAGAGUACGCACAGAAUUCAUUGAGACAUUCAUCCACUGGACUUUCCAAUUCCAUUCCAAUGCGUGUUAGGAUAUCAACCUCCCAUGUUCCUGUGGUCAGGUGAACCAUCCCUGGUACCUGCAGUCGAUGACUGGAUUCAACAUAGCGAGAGGGUGUGGGAGAGUGCUUAUGUGUGCCUGCAACGAGCGGUCAGGAACCAAGAAAUCCAGGCCAACCGACGACGCCGCCCACAUCCUCCCUACCAACCUGGACAAAGGGUCUGGCUCUUGACGCGGGGGGGGGAUUCUGUAACGGCACACCAGCAGAGGGAGCCCUCUCCCGAGUACUGACUGUGUGCCGCUUCCUCUGCUUCACUGUUCACAUCCUGUUUGUCAGACAUUUAAGCAUGGCUAGGCCAUCACUUCACUGCGAAGUAUUGCCAGUUUACCUGCCUUACCGAGUGUUUCUUUCAUUGAUUGUUUGCCAUUCUGUUACGACCAUUGCCUGUUUGUUCUGUUUCUGCCUUUUGGAUUGCCCUUCUGUUUUGUUGUUUGGAUUGGACUGCCUUAUUGUGUUUGAACCUCUGCCUGCCUCACGUUAAUGUCUCUGCCUGUCGAUUCGGCUUUGUUUGCUGUGGAUUGCAAUAAAACACUGCACAUGGAUUCUAA